GGAGGAUGUUGGGAGUUUUGGUCAUUGCUGCGCUCUGCCUGAGCAAAGCAUACGCUGGCUCUUUGGGCGUUGUGCAAACAGAGGGAGGGAUGGUAGAAGGGAAGAAACAAAUUACUGGACUCUUCCGCUACGUGAAUGUCUUCAAAGGAAUCCCUUUCGCCGCACCACCAGGCAGAUUUGAGAAGCCAGUUCCUCACUCAGGCUGGGACGGAGUUCUGAAGGCCAAUGACUACAACAAGCGCUGUAUGCAAGUGAAUCUUCUCCAAAAAGGCGUUGUGGGCUCUGAAGAUUGUCUUUACCUGAACAUCUGGGUUCCUCAAGACAGAACUGUGUCGACUGGUUUGCCCGUUAUGGUUUGGAUCUAUGGUGGUGGAUUUCUGAAGGGUGCUUCUCAGGGUGCAAAUUUCCUGAGUAACUACCUGUAUGACGGAGAGGAGAUUGCAGACAGAGGAAAUGUCAUUGUGGUGACAUUGAGCUACCGUCUCGGAACCCUGGGAUUCGUCAGCAGUGGAGAUUCUGAACUACCUGGAAACUACGGCCUGUGGGAUCAGCAAGCUGGUAUCGCUUGGGUACACAGGAACAUCAAGGCCUUUGGUGGUGAUCCAAACAACAUCACUAUCUUUGGCGAGUCAGCAGGGGCGACCAGCGUAAACUUCCAGAUACUCACUCCCCACAACAAAGGCUUGAUCCGCAGAGCUAUCUCACAGAGCGGGGUCGCUCUCUGCCCCUGGGCCGUGAACAGAAAUCCACGUGCGUAUGCUGAGGAGAUUGCCAAGAAGGUGGGAUGUCCAACUGAUGGAAAAAUGGUGUCCUGCCUGAAAAUGACGGAUGCGGAGGAUCUAACUGUUGCUGGAGAUGUGACCCUGCAAGCAUCUGCCUCUAAUCCUGUUGUACACAAUCUGAAACUGUCUCCUGUCAUCGAUGGUGACUUCGUGCCUGCUGAACCUGAUCAACUUUUCCACAACGCCGCUGAGAUCGACUACAUCGCUGGAGUCAAUGACAUGGAUGGCCACCUCUUUGCCACUCUUGACAUCCCCUCUAUAAACAAUGCGCUGGUGUCCACCCCAAUAGGUGAUGUCAAGAAGCUCGCUGAUGCCCUGACCAGAGACAAGGGCGCAGAAGCUGGUGCUGCAGCAUACGCUGAGUACACCACCGGCUGGGGUAAUAACCCCAGCGAUAGUGACAUUAAGAAAACUGUUGUGGCUUUGGAGACGGAUUACAUCUUCUUGGUGCCGACCCAAGCUGCCCUGUACCUGCACGCUGAAAAAGCCACCACUGGUCGAACUUACUCAUAUCUGUUCAGCGAGCCCUCUCGCAUGCCCAUAUACCCCACCUGGAUGGGUGCCGAUCACGCUGAGGACCUGCAGUAUGUAUUCGGUAAACCCUUCGCCACUCCUCUGGGUUACUGGCCCCGCCACCGUGAUAUCUCCAGAUACAUGAUUGCCUACUGGUCCAACUUUGCCAGAACUGGCGACCCUAACAGAGGCGAAUCAAGUGUGCCUGUGACCUGGCCCGAGUUCACCAAUACCGGCCAUGAGUUCCUUGAGCUCAACCACAAUACUAACAAGAACAGUGUGAAGCAAAGGUUGAGGAUGCGCUAUGUUUAUUACUGGACCUCUGUGUACGCCAGCUUCCCCUCCAUCAAGAGCUGAGCUGCCAGUCUGACCAUGUAUUCAUGUGCCCCAGUGUUAAUGAGUCCUGAUUAGAAAUGAAUAAGGGCUGAUGAGUAUUCGAUUAAU